AUGAAGUGGAUGGUUCGGGGGCGGCCUCCCCAGGAUUUUCCCCCGAAGGAACCAUCAUCAUUUGAUUUGUUCUCCGAUGCCAAUCUCUCUCUUGUUACCGAGCUAGAAGCUAAUCGAAGCAUGCUUCAACCAAUCAAUGUUGUUUUUUCUGAUAUCAAUGCUAGCAUCUCUUGUUUGGUGAUCUGUACUGAGGUGUUCGCAAGGAGCUAUGCCCAAGGGGGAGGGUGUCGAGAGCGAGGAUCCAUUUGCUUAUUCUCGAAUGGUUUAGUAACCCGCUCUUGUAGCUCUUGUUCCUAUGUUAUGAAGCUAGGAUUCCUCUUGUUCUUCUCUUGA